UAUCUUCUCCUGCUUAUUUUGAAGACUAUGCGCAGAUGACGAGCUGGCCAAUCAGUUGGAGCAGCUCGAGCAGUACGAGCCGCAGCUGUGUCGGUGCCUCUCGGUAGCAGUAAUGGCUCUAUGUAUGGCGGCGUCCAUGUGCCAUACCGCUGUGCCAAGCUGCAGUGAUGCCACCAUGGUCUGGAUGAAGGCAUUGAGGCUGAUUAUGCUAUUUUUCCCAGCAGAACGAGCAGCGCAAGAUGAACUUCUUGACUGAGCGUGAGAGCAUCUACAAACACCCGGUCUGCAGCUGUGCGUUGCAGUCAAGGAAGUCCUCGUCCAGCUCAACCUGCGGUAUGAAUUGGCGAAAGAGCGUGGAGCACGCCCACCUCAAGCGCAAGCAACGUAAGGGGCGGCACAAGAUGACAUUGCGGUCAAGCUGCAGCAACUCCACGCCAGCUACACCAUGAAGAACCAGGAGCUGUUGAUGAGGUUAACUACCUACGCGUGUAGACGGGUACUUUUGAAAAACCGUGCAUGUCAGAGUCGCGGCAACGACAUCGGCCGUAGCGGCUGGGUGCAGAUGACACCUGGAGAUACCAUUUCACUAUGGAUCGCGAAAGCUUAAGUACUAACACCUUCGUAUUUUCACACUGAAAAAUGAACACACCACGAAAUUUAAACAUGU